GCUGUAGCUGUGGAAGAAAGCCGUGAACAGAAAGUCGUUCGUGUCAGUUGCAGAUUCAAGCAAAAAACAACAUUACCAACAGAAAGUACAAUUCCGUUCUCUAAAUAUCUCCGGGGCCAAGCAGAUUGUCGGAAUGAUGAUAAUCGGCAUGAACCAAACGGAAUCGGGGCCCCUAGCAACCGGGGACAGACUCAGUGGAUAUGCGAGCAGCGGGAACAGUGGCCGCUAUCUCGACGACCGACAUCCCCUGGAUUACUUGGACCUGGGAUCCGUGGUGAGUAACGCCCACGCUGCCCUCAACUCGUCGGCCAACAACAACUUUUCGGAGGCGAACGAUACAGGAGCUCGGCCUCUUGAUCCAGUUUUAAUCGACCGGUUUCUGAGCAACCGGGCGGUGGACAGCCCCUGGUACCAUAUGCUCAUCAGUAUGUAUGGCGUGCUGAUUGUGUUCGGCGCCCUGGGCAACACACUAGUGGUCAUUGCAGUCGUCCGGAAGCCCAUCAUGCGCACGGCCCGCAACCUUUUCAUCCUUAACUUGGCCAUCUCGGAUUUACUUUUAUGCCUGGUAACCAUGCCGCUGACGUUAAUGGAAAUCCUAUCCAAAUACUGGCCUUUUGGGUCCUGCUCCAUCCUGUGCAAAACGAUUGCCAUGCUGCAGGCACUCUGCAUUUUCGUGUCGACAAUAUCCAUAACGGCCAUCGCCUUCGACCGAUAUCAGGUUAUUGUCUAUCCAACGCGGGAUAGUCUGCAGUUUGUGGGCGCGGUUACAACCUUGGCAUGUAUUUGGGCUCUGGCCCUGCUCCUGGCCUCGCCGCUUUUUAUUUACAAGGAGCUGAUAAACACGGACACACCCACUCUUCUGCAGCAGAUGGGCUUUCAGGACACCAUACCCUUCUGCAUUGAAGACUGGCCGAGCAGCAACGGGCGCUUCUACUACUCGAUAUUUUCCCUUUGCGUCCAGUACUUGGUGCCCAUUCUGAUUGUCUCGGUGGCCUACUUUGGGAUAUACAACAAGCUGAAGAGCCGCAUCACCGUGGUGGCUGUCCAGGCUGCCUCCGCCCAGCGGAAGGUGGAACGGGGACGGCGGAUGAAGCGGACCAACUGCCUCCUGAUUAGCAUCGCCGUCAUCUUUGGAGUGUCCUGGCUGCCGCUGAACUUCUUCAACCUGUACGCGGACAUGCAGCAGUCGCCGGUGACCCAAAACAUGCUGGUGAAGUACGCCAUCUGCCACAUGAUCGGCAUGAGCUCCGCCUGCUCCAACCCGCUGCUCUACGGCUGGCUCAACGACAACUUCCGUAAAGAAUUUCACGAACUGCUCUGCCGUUGCUCAGAACCCACUAAUGUUGCUCUUAACGGUCACACGACAGGAUGCAACGUCCAGGCGGCAGCGGCCCGACGGCGCCGCAAGCUGGGCGGGGACCUCACCAAGGGCGAGCAAAAGUUGCUGGGCAAGGGCGGGGCCUCCCAGUGCGGCGGUGGCGCCUCAAUUUUCGGCGACGGCGGUGGUCCGGAAGGCGGCGGUUGCGGCAGCAUGGCCGCCACUGAUUUCAUGACCGGAAACCCGGAGUGCGGACUGCGCAGCGCCAUAACCGAGUCAGUGGCCCUAACGGAGAACCCCAUGCCCUCGGAGAUCACCAAACUGAUGCCGCGUUUGGAACAGUACUGAAUUGGCAAUCAAUCCGGGAGCAGUGGGAGGCAGGAACAGUAUUCGAGUGAUGCGAUUUCCAGUUCGCUCUUAGAAUUUACAGUAAACAUAUGUAUAUUGCCCAGUGAUCCAAAGCCAAGCUGAGUUACACUAAAAUUAAGACACACAUCGCGGAGGAGUCUCUGGCCCUGUGCGAUAAUCUACUCCUAAACGAGCAUCUAAUCACCGAUAUCACCGACAUCAUCUCCAUCAUCGGACUAAGUCAGAUCUUUGGUUUCCAUCACUUUCAUAUUGAAUGCCGGAAAGUAAUUGAUUGAGCCCCCAAUUGGAUUUCGGGUGUUUGAUAAGUCGUAUAUAUAGAACACUUAAGACUUCGAUUAAGUUCACUUAAUACAGUUCCUAGGAAAUCAUCUUCUUCUUUUCUCUCAGAGUAAUUCGUCUCACAAUAGCUAAUGUAAGCCUAGGGUUAGUCAUAAUUGAUGUUCUGUUUGCUGUUCGCUAUUUUAGGAUAACACAAUUCACAAGCAAAUCUGUAUUAUAGUCCAUAACAGUAAACCCACACAUUAAAUUAAUUACCAGUUUUAGCCACAAUUAAAUCAUUUAAAAGCAAAUGCUUGACACCUGCAGGUUGCAAGCUGUACACAAAUAAUGCUACAAAUACAUGUAUUUUAAUAAAUGUUGUUUACAAAUCCAGCAUAUUUCAGUGGUUUGCAAUUUGGAUGGAAUGGUAAAUUAUCAAUAAUUCCGAGAGGCUCUUGUGCCAAGAACAUGUAUCUAU